CAGAGGAGGACGAGGAUGCGGAUGAGGAUGACAAGGUUGGUUUGGCUGGCGCCGGCUCUGGCGGCAGCGCGGGCGGUGCCGGUGGCAGCAACGAUGCCAAGCAACAGUUUGCGCCACGCUUUAGGAAACCCCAGAAAAUGAGCACCCUGUAUACGCGACCCUCGGGCUCAACGCUGUCGCUGAGCUGUAAUGCGGCGGGCAAUCCGGAGCCAAAUAUCACUUGGUAUCGCAAUGGCAGCAGCGAUUGGACGCGCACCUAUGGCAGCUAUCGCAAGUCCAAGUGGCAAAUCACCAUGGAGGACCUGGUGCCGGAGGAUUCGGAUCAGUACACCUGCAAGGUGUGCAAUCCGCUGGGCUGUCUCAGUUAUGUGAUGAAUGUGAUGGUCAGCGAUCGGGUGAAUCACAAACCCAUUCUACUCAAAGGACCCGCCAAUCUGACGCUUUUAAUCAAUGACAGCGGCCACAUGGAGUGCAAAUAUCUAUCGGAUUUGACCAGCAAGAAGGCCUGGAUUUUUAUGCCCUGCAAGAGCGUAAAUGAUUGCUCCAAGAAUCGCACAGUUCUAGUCGAGGAUGUGGAUCGCUUGGAGUUUACGAAUGUGACACAGGAGCAGGAGGGCUGGUACACGUGCAUCGAGAGCAACAGCCUGGGCCAAUCCACAAGUCGCGCCUAUUUGCGUGUGGUGCGCAGCCUGCAGCUGCUCGAGGCGAAUCUGGGCAGUGUGGUGCGCGAUAAUGGCAUGAUGGCCAUAUUCAUCACGGUCACCUUUCUGCUGAUCAUGCUGUGCAUCAUCUUUGUGGCGUAUGCGGUGCGCAAGAUGAAGCACGAGAAGCUGCUCAAGCAGCGCAUCGAAACGGUGCAUCAGUGGACCAAAAAGGUUAUCAUCUAUAAGCCGGCUAGCGGUGGCGAUUCCAGCGGCUCAAUGGACACGAUGAUAAUGCCGGUGGUGCGCAUUGAGAAGCAACGCACCACUGUGCUCCAGAGUGGCAACGAGCCGGUGCCCUUCAACGAAUACGAAUUCCCGCUGGACUCCAACUGGGAGCUGCCGCGCAGUCAAUUGGUCCUGGGCGCCACUCUUGGCGAGGGCGCCUUUGGGCGUGUCGUCAUGGCGGAGGUGAACAAUGCGAUUGUCGCUGUCAAGAUGGUCAAGGAGGGUCACACGGAUGACGAUAUUGCCAGUUUGGUGCGUGAAAUGGAGGUCAUGAAGAUCAUUGGCAGGCACAUCAAUAUCAUCAAUCUGCUGGGCUGUUGCAGCCAGAGCGGACCGCUCUAUGUCAUCGUGGAGUAUGCACCCCAUGGUAAUCUGAAGGACUUCCUGUACAAGAAUCGGCCUCUGAGCAAGGAGCAGCUGGACAGUAGCUCACAGUCAGCGCCGCCAGCACCACAGCAUGUGAUCACCGAAAAGGAUCUGAUCAAGUUUGCCCAUCAAAUAGCACGCGGCAUGGAUUAUCUGGCCUCGCGGCGCUGCAUUCAUCGGGAUCUGGCGGCGCGCAAUGUUCUCGUCAGCGAUGACUACGUGCUCAAGAUUGCCGACUUUGGUCUGGCCCGAGAUAUACAGAGUACGGAUUAUUAUCGCAAGAACACCAAUGGGCGUUUGCCCAUCAAGUGGAUGGCGCCCGAGUCGCUGCAGGAGAAGUUCUAUGACUCACAGAGCGAUGUCUGGUCCUAUGGCAUACUCCUGUGGGAGAUUAUGACGUUUGGAGCGCAACCAUAUCCGGCUAUUAUGUCCGCCGAGGAACUCUACAGCUAUCUGAUGUCCGGGCAGCGCAUGGAGAAGCCGGCGAAAUGCUCAAUGAAUAUUUACAUUCUGAUGCGCCAGUGCUGGCACUUUGACGCCAGCGCACGGCCGCCCUUUACGGAGAUCGUGGAGUACAUGGACAAGCUACUGCAGGCCAAAGAAGAUUAUCUGGAUGUGGAUGUGGCCAAUCUAGAGACGCCGCCCUCGACCAGUGAUGAGGAGGAGGACGAUGCAUCCGAUGUGGAGCAAUCGCGCUAUCAUUACUAGCUGAUCGAUAACGAUAACGAUCGCUGAUCAUCGAUCGACUUCAUUGAGAAACUGUACAUAUUUUGCCCGCGGGCUAACUAACGAUAAGUCUGUAAAUCGCUUGAAUUUUCUGCACCAAAGGCGUAAACCAAAAAUUUUUACGAUAUUUUAGAUUACGAUAUA